ACUUGAUCGGAUUUUGAGUCUGCAGGAGAAGCUUCAACAUGGCAUCCAAAAAGUCCUUACCCAUCAGCGGUACCUUGACUGUCAUGGUCAUCGUGGUCGUCCUUGCUCCAUCAGCACUGCUGGAUCAGACAGCCGAGUUCAAGGCCGCAUUCAUGAAGAAGUGCACUGAGUAUCCAAAGGACAAAAAGACGUAAGUCUCUUUACACUUUCUAUUGAAGGAAGCCUCAUCAGGAUUGAAUCAAUUCAAAAUAAUCUCAGACUAAUUCACUGUGGAUAAAAAAAAAAACUGAAUAUAUCAAAAUCCUACAUUUGUCUUUCAGCUGUGAGGCUACACUGGCGAUCUUUGAACGAGCCUAUGUGGGGAAGAAACAAACGGAUGUCACUGAGGACAGCUACAACGAACUCUUUGAUAACACGCCCUUCACACAUCCAUGUGAAAAAGUAAGCAUCCUCCAUCACACAGCUCUUUACUGUGGAUUUUAAGGUGUAUGUCUAACAAUGUCAUGUUUACUCUUCUGGGGUUAGACCAUGUUAUGGAGCGGGACAAACUAUCUGGCCCACAAGCUGUCUGAGAAGAGAGACAAUUUUUUCAACGUGGCGGACACUUUGUUGGGAAAUGUGCUGAACAAACUGAUAUGGUGUGGAAAGGCAGGCAGCAAGGGUGAGAUUCAUCAUUUACAGUCAGCCCAGAGUCUGACAAUUAACCAAUAAUUUUAUUAUCUUAUAGGUUAUUAUCCAAAAACUAUCAAAUCGUCUUUGUUUUCUUACGCGACCUGAAAAACAGGAGCCUUUUGUGAUAUUUGUCAGUUGGCUGAAUUACUUCUAUGCAAGUUCCUCAAUCUAAAAACCGUCACACAGAGAUCAACUGCAGUUUUAAUUCUAAUAAGUCACAUUUAUAAAGAAAUGCUUUGUUUGUAUCUGUCUGUGUUUUUCUAGAAACCUUUACCACAGAUAAAGAUUGCCCUUACACCGAGCCGAACCCUACUGGUUCAUUUUGGUUCAAGAUCUCUGCAAGGGUAAGAACUUGUUAAAAAAUCACUAAUUCAGUCGUUACGAUAUGCAAUGGUCCUUGAACUUACAAAAAGACAAAAUCAUCAGUUCUCCUAAAAAGUCCUUGUUGGUCUCUGGGGAGCGAUACUGCACAUUUCAUUUUACCACACAUGUGCUGUGAUAAGUUAACUCAGACUGAUGUAAAUAAUAAAACUAAAACUAAACUCUUUUGUCCAACACUUUACUGUGAUGCUUUAUGUUUGCAGUUUGCUCAGUUCGCCUGUGGUAAUAUCAACCUGUUGCUAAAGGGUGAAAAUUUGAUACCAUUUGACCCGCGCAGGUAAGCAGAACUACAUUCACGCCGAUGGCAGUUUUAUUAAUGUGAAGAGAAAAUCCCUCUACCUGUGCUGUUUCUUAGUUCAAAUAUGUGUAAGACUGAAGAAGAUCGAUGAUUCUGUGUAAUCCUCAAUUUUUUUCUCCUCUGUCCUUUGGCUUGAAGUGUGCUCGCCACCCAUGAGAUUCCAAAUCUUCAAACUGGCAAAGUGGAGAAGGUUACUGUCAUUUUGGUUGUUGAUAAAAAGACCGGGUAUGUUUUUACUUACUAACAAAAUAAAUAGAUAAAUUAGUUGUAUACAUACAUUAACACAAAUGAUGAGCAGUUUCUGCUUUUUAAAUGUUAUCAAGUGUCAUCUUUUCAUUUCUUUGAUUAGUACUAAGUGCAAAAAUGACUCCCUCAACAACUUGAGCAACAUCCUGAAAGGAAAAAAGAUCGGCUACGAUUGCAAGGAAGUCACUCAGUAAGUUGUACCAACCAUAAUUGACUCUGUGUUCCUUUAUGCUGUUCAGAAACUUUCAUCUGUUUCAUCCUGAUUGUUUGUUUCUCACAGGACUCACAUUGAGGACUGCAUCGACCGAGGCAUAAAAGACUGCUUUUGAAAGCUGCUGCCCUGAGUGUCGCGCCACACUGUUGGAGAAGAAACCCCUCAAUACAGAAAGAUAAAUCAUUCAUCUUAAAUUUGUUUCAGCUUCUUCAGUAAUUGUUGAUUUUCUCAAGAUUUGUGAUUAACUUCAAGCCAGCUGAAAGUUUACAGCUUUGACAUGUGCAAAUAUGGAGCGAGUGUAAUGGUACAAAAAAUAAUGCGAACUAAAGUUUGUGGGCGUCAUAAUAACACAAUAAAGAACAAUCAGAUGCUG